ACUUCUUUCUCUCAGAAUUGUUUUUGGAAUGAAAUCCAUUUCAUAAGAUUUAAUGGACCAUUUAUAAUUUUCCAUAUAUAUCUGAUAUGUUCACAACAAUCACGUCUCUCCAUCUCAUCCGAUGUGCAAUCCAUACAUAUAAACAGCGAAUCGGACCAUAUUGUUUAUUACCACGUAUGACCGAACAGUAAUUUUGUGUAAAUAGCGGAGCAACUGUCUGCGGCUGCAGGGAAAUCAGGCGGGCAAGAAUCAAGAACAUGGCGACUGAGGUGAUCGAGCACAGAGCGUAUGCUCGGAUCGGGUUUCUGGGGAACCCGAGCGAUGUGUACUUCGGGCGUACCAUAGCGUUUAGCCUCGGAAACUUCUGGGCUUCGGUCAAAUUGGAGCCUUCUGAGCAAUUGUUGAUUGUUCCCCACCCAACUCACGAUCUAGUUCAUUUCGACUCUCUCACUCAUCUGGUUAAUCGGUUGCAAACUGAUGGUUAUUAUGGAGGUGUACGUCUGCUCAUGGCGAUUUGUAGAAUUUUCCAUAGGCAUUGCAAGGAUAAUGGCAUCAGUUUACAUGAGCGGAAUUUCACACUGUCUUAUGAUACAAACAUACCUCGCCAGACUGGACUUUCUGGUUCAAGUGCUAUUGUAUGCGCUGCUCUUAGCUGCCUUCUUGAUUUCUACCAAGUCAGGAACCUGAUAAAAGUUGAGGUCCGGCCAAACCUUAUUCUCAAUGCAGAGAAGGAACUCGGUAUUGUUGCUGGCCUCCAGGAUAGAGUAGCUCAGGUCUAUGGUGGCCUUGUCUAUAUGGAUUUUGACAAGAAACGAAUGGAAGAAUUGGGCCAUGGUGAAUAUACAGUUAUGGAUCUGAAUCUUCUUCCUCCACUCUAUCUUAUCUAUGCUGAGAACCCUAGUGACUCUGGAAAGGUUCAUAGCACAGUUCGUCAAAGGUGGUUAAAUGGUGAUCAGUUCAUUAUAUCAACAAUGGAAGAGGUUGCAAAUAUUGCAUUAGAAGGACGAACGGCAUUGAUUGAAAAGGACUAUGCCAAACUUGCAACCCUCAUGAACCGUAACUUUGAUUUGCGAAGGCAAAUGUUUGGAGAUGAGGCUCUUGGGGCUCUAAACAUAGAGAUGGUCGAAGUUGCUAGACGGGUCGGUGCUGCAUCAAAGUUUACAGGCAGUGGAGGCGCUGUUGUUGUAUUCUGUCCUGAAGGGCCUUCUCAAGCAAAGCUUUUGGAGGAUGCAUGCAAAACAGCUGGUUUUGCCUUCCAGCCUGUUCAAGUUGUGCCAUCUUUUCUAAAUGAAAUUGAUCUUGGAACUAUUUCAAAGAGAUGAGAAGUAGAGGAAUCCAUUCGCCGUAUUGCUUUCUAAAACUUCAGGAGUUAAUUCUUUCAUUUCUUUUGCUUUAUGAUGCACAAUAAGAGUAAUUCCAACAUGUACACAAUAGACUUACGCUCAAUACAAUAGGAUGAGGGUUUUUCUAUCUUCA